AUGUUUGCGGUCCCUGACAAAGAAAUCCAGGUCCAGCGGAAAGACAAGACAAGUAUCCCAAGGGACGCCGCCGUCAGAAGAGGAGUCGAGAUGGCACUGGCAGGUGGUUUAUCGGGUCACUGGAGCAGUAGGGAUGCCAAAACCCGUAACGGAAAUGAUCUCAUUCCUUUCUGCUGCUGUCAAGAAAGUGGUUUCAAGAGCUUGAAAGAGGGAAGACGUGUAUUGCAGCAGGUGAAUACCCCUGACGGCAUGUGGCGGCUUUGGCUGUGUUUGUUGUAUCCUGCUUGGGCGCUUGAGCGAGUUGUGUUCGUGUGUACGCCCAAAUUCAAACAAGAUUGCGAUGGCUUGAACAAGGGCCGACCUCGGGAAGGUAUCCACCGCUGCGGACUCCUCAGAUUCGCAAAGCCUUUUUCUCUUUCCUACUGUCCGAACAUCUCGACACCCUGCACCUGGGACCCGAUUGCCGAGGGUCUCGAGUUUGACACCCCGAAGAAUCCAGCUCCAUCUCCUCUCGAAAAGAAGUCGAGCUCCGUCCUCAACAGCCCUGAGGCACCCUAG